AUGUUUAAAAGAGCAUUUUACAAAGGCGCGUCUACCAUAACCAAAACUAACACGCCUAGCGUGAAGGUUGCUGGUCCUGAACUUACAAAUAAAGCCGGUCAACAAGGAUCGUUCAGAUCCUUUGCUGAAUACCGGCUAAGGAUGACCAACCAAUCACCCUUGGCUGUUAGAGCUAAAAAUUUCAAUUCCACGUUGAGAACAACUCACCACUGA